AUGGUCGCUCCGUCAAUCUAUCUACUGCUUCGUACAUAUGCGGGAGCCUCGAGACCGCCAGAUUUCUUCGAUCAGAUAACAUACUUGGUUGUAUUGAUGUUCGCGAGCAAUAUGUUUUUUGUUGGCUGUCUUUAUUUUGUGAAAGCAAGUUUGCUUGCUUUGCUAUGGAGACUUUUUCGAAAUCUCCCUUCAUUCCGCAAAUUAUGGUGGGCUGUUACUUCUAUAACGGCCUUGAUAGCGGUGAUCACCGCCAUUGUGCCAGUCAUCGCUUGCUCAGACUUGAAGGCUUUUGCGUGUACAAACCCAGCCGCGAUUCACCGAGGCCUUGUUGCCGUACGAUUCACUGCGGCUACAGAUAUCCUCACGGAUCUUAUGAUCAUGGCUCUUCCGGUCGCAUUCAUUCUCAACUCUUAUCUUCCGGCGCCACAAAAAGUUGGCCUUGUUGGUCUGUUCAUGCUCGGUUUCAUGGUCAUUACCAUGUCGAUUGUUCGCAUAGUUGUCAACGAUAACCAUUCAAAGCACCCGCCGCCAUCCUGGCUACUUUUUUGGAGUGCAAUGGAGGGAACUGUGGCAGUGAUGGCAUCGUGCUUUGCGUCCUUCAAGUCUCUGUUCACACUUCGCAAACGGCCUUCCGCAUAUAAUGGCGACUCCUACAUUCACUCCAAAUCCAAAUCGGGCUUGAGUGAAGGCGAUCUAGCUCUACGCUCACGACAUCGGUUCGAACGCUCAGUGCAGAUUCCCAAAAACGAAUUAAACACCGUUGUUGUCUCCGCGGAGCCAGGCGCUAAUAAAUGGAAUGAUACUGAUUCGAGAGAGGAAAUACUACAGAGAACCGAAUUUGAAGUUCGAUACGAGAAUGCCUCGACGGAACAAACCUCAGCGGCAGCGACCGGUAAAUAA